GUGAUGUCAUCCCCAGCUCCCGCCGGCUAGGUCCUGCGCUGGCGGCACCCCAGACAGCCUCAGCUGCUCAGGCCGGAGGCCGGGCCUGGGGCGGGGCACGGGGAGCGGGCAGAGGGGCCUGGGCUCCCCCGGCGCCCCCGGCGCCUGCCCUGCUGCUCAGCUCCUGCUGCGGGCCUCUCUCUGGCCUCCGCCAUGAAGCCGUGUAAGGGGGCCGGGAGCUGUGCGCAGCAGCCAGAGAAGAAGGCGCCGCCGCCCGCGCGGCUGGGGGUGAAGCAGACCCCCGUGGUGUUGGCCAUGAUCAAAGGCCCAGGGCCUGCCCAGUACCUGCGGCCGUCCUGCACGGGCUACCUGGACCACGACGCCUCCAUGUUCCGAGAGCCAGCAUACACGCUGCACACCCGGCACUCGGAGAAGCGGGUCAUGGACGGGUGCAGCCCUGGGCCCAGCUAUUCCUUGGAUCCCAGUAUAACUCGGUUUGGAAUGUCCAGCUGCCCGCAGGUCCCCAUGGCGGGGCGUAUCUGCAACCUGCGCUUGAGCCCCACCCCGGCGCCUUGCCACUAUCAGCGUGACCAGGGCCCCCCGCUGGGGGAACGCAGGGCUCCUCAGUAUGCUUUCGGCCAGCGGUGCCCGUACCGAGUGAUGGACCCCAACCCGGCUCCCAACCAGUACCAGCUGCCCCUCUCGCUGGGGCCCCACACCCCCGUGUACCGGGCUGCACCCUGCUACAGCCUGGCCGCCCUGGACAAGAACUGGUUCUACAAGGAGGAUGUGGCGGGAGGCCCUGGGCCCGCUGUGCACGCCCGGCCGGAGCCGUCCACCUACCAGAAGCGCAGCCCCGUCUACAGCAUGGCUGGGCGCUUCGCCUACCCGCUGGACCACACGUCCCGGCCGGGCCCCGGCUCCCACGAGGUGCAGCAGGUGACGGUGCACAAGCCCCGCACGCCGGCCUACAGCAUGGGCGUGCGGCACUCGGCCCACCUGUGCCCCCUAGUGGUGCACAUCCGCGACUGAGGCCACCCGCUAUCCAGUCCCUCCCUGCCCCCUAGAGCUUAUUUUUCUACACUCGACUGAGCCACAGAGCAGGGCUGGUCCCUGCUGCGUGGCCAGCACACAGAAGGUGUUAGAUAAAUAUUUUCUUGCAUUUUGUGCAAACACUCGCUCUGCUUCAUUGGGGCCCUGCUCUGGGUGCACGCCAGGAGACGGGGGUGGGGGGAGAGGUCUCUGAUUUUGGGGAGCAGGGCCCAUCCUGGAUCACCCCCGGGAAGCAUUGUGUGACAUUCAGGGAGCCCUGGGCCGGGGCUCCGGAGUGCCGAGUGCCCGUCCUAACUCUGCCAGCGUAGGCUGCGUGGCCUGCACAACUCCAGGCCCCAGGGUCGCCCUUUGGACAGCAAAGGGGAGCAGGCUCAGAAGAGGCUCCUGUGCCCCCCAGUUCCAGAACCGUGCAGCGGCCAGCACCCAAGAGAGGAGCAGCCACGUUGGGGUGUGGCAGGAGGUUGUUCUGGUCGGGGAU